AUGACCUACAAUAGCACACAACUUUCAUUCAACUCCAUUCUCUUUCUCUUCAACUUCAAAAUGGGUUUCAGAGUAAUGACUCUGUUUCUUCUAUUCUCUCUGUUUUGUUAUGUUCUGUUUUGUGAAGCAGAGGAGUUCCAUAAUGUAAGUGGUGUAAGUGGGAACAAGCAAAAUGGGUGCAAUUUGUUCAUAGGAAAUUGGGUUGUUGACCCUUCUUAUCCUUUUUAUGACUCUUCAACUUGUCCCUUCAUUGAUCCUGAAUUUAAUUGUAUAAAAUAUGGAAGACCCGACAAACAAUACCUCAAAUUCUCUUGGAAACCUGAUUCAUGUUCAUUACCAAGGUUUGAUGGGGAAGAUUUUUUGAACAAGUGGAAGGGAAAGAAGAUAAUGUUUGUGGGUGACUCACUGAGUUUGAACAUGUGGGAAUCGCUGUCGUGUAUGAUUCAUGCGUCGGUGAAAAAUGCAAAGACAAGCUUUGUGAGGAGGGAAGCACUGUCUUCGGUGACAUUUCAGGACUAUGGAGUAACUAUCCAGCUAUACCGCACACCUUAUUUGGUGGACAUAAUACGAGAAAACAUUGGUCGAGUGCUUACAUUGGACUCCAUUGUCGCUGGAGAUUCAUGGAAAGGCAAUGACAUGUUAAUAUUCAACUCAUGGCAUUGGUGGACCCACAGAGGAAAAUCACAAGGAUGGGAUUAUAUAAGAGAUGGACAUAACCUAGUCACAAACAUGGACCGUUUAGAAGCAUACCAUAAAGGAUUGAACACUUGGGCUAGAUGGGUUGAUCUUAAUGUUGAUUCUUCCAAAACUAAAGUUUUCUUUCAAGGCAUUUCCCCUACUCAUUAUAUGGGCAAGGAGUGGAAUCAACCAAAAAAAACAUGUAGUGGACAACUUGAGCCAUUAACAGGAUCAACAUAUCCAGCAGGUCUACCUCCACCAUGUAACAUAUUGAACAAUGUGUUAAAGAAUAUGAAAACUCAAGUUUAUCUUCUUGAUAUUACACUUCUUUCACAAUUGAGAAAAGAUGCACACCCUUCUUCUUAUAGUGGUGAUCACGCCGGCAACGAUUGCAGCCAUUGGUGCUUACCAGGAUUACCUGAUACGUGGAACCAGCUCUUGUAUGCAGCUCUCUCCUAA